AAAUUGAUUGUAUGGGAUGUAUACACAAUGGCCCAUAAGAGGUCACUGGAGGCACUGGACAGAACGUUGAAAAACCUUCGUGACAACCGAAAUAUUUUUGGUGGGGCCAUGAUUCUUUUGUCAGGUGAGUUUCGUCAGACUCUUCCGAUAAUUUCUCGAUCAGCUGUUGCUAAUGAACUAAAUAAAUGCAUG